UCUGGAAGCCCUUCAAGGUUUAGCUAAAGGCAGGCGGCCACGGACUCCAUGCUGGCAGGACAUGACCAAGGAGGGGAAGGGCUCCGAGCAGCUUCCCGAAGCAAUAUGCAUCGCAGGGCCCGGGAGCAAGGUCGCCAAGGACCUCCAGGUCCUGGUGAAGAAGGUGGCGGGCCAGCCUGAGGUCCUGCUCAUUGGGGAGACGCUGGAAGGCAAGGACAUCCACGGGAUGAUGGACACCUUCGUCAAGGACCUCUUUACCACCAACUGCUUCCCCAUCCACCCUGGAGAUUCCCUGAAGGAGCCCUUGGCUGCCACCACCUGCAAUAUCGGGGGCACGCCAUGCCAGCUGAUCUUCUUCCUCUGCCGGGCUUCCUGCCUCCAGGGAAAGCAGAAGGAACUCCGCAGGGUCAUCAAGGAGGUGAAGAAGUUUGUUGAGAAGUCCCCCUGUGCCCUGGUGGGCGUCGUCAUGGACCCCAAGACUUCGGAGGCGGAGGCCGCCCGCGACCAGCUGCUGCGCAUGCUCCGGGGCGCCUUCCCCAAGGGGUCUGCGCAGAAGCAGAGCAAGGCUGGAAAGGCUGCGGAGGAGGUCAAGAACGGCCCGAUGGAGCUGGAGGAUGUGGAAGUGGAAGCGGAGAUCUACACCCCAGGCCACCCGCGGGGGAACCUGGCCAUCGUGAAGGCAGCUUGCAGGGCUUCUGAAGCCCUGAUCAAAUCCAAAGGUAUGCCGGAGGAGGCCCAUAACGCCGAGGUCACUAAGGAUUCGCUAACCAUUACAGAUUCCGAGUUCUUUGGAGUUUCAGCUGUCCUGCAAAAUAAAAUCAACAGCAUGGCACCUCUGUGUGUGUGUGUCAUGUAUUUUACCAUCCUGCACUGGGAAAACCAUUUGCUAUCUGUCUCUAGUGCCCCUUUCAAAAAAUCACAAAUGGGCCUUUUGCCCUGUGUCCUACCCGCUUGCUCUUACGGCAUAGGCAACUAUUUCGCCUUGGCAUUCAAGAUCACCAGGGCAAAGUUGAACUGCAUUCUAACCCUGGGACCUUUACACAUGCUCAGAAGCACCGGCUUCUUUUCAGUUCACACGUUUUUUGUUAUAAACCUCGGCCAGGAAAAUAAGUUAUGAGCAGAGGGCACAAAA